AUGAACACUUUCGCAACUUUAUUAUUCACUUUAGUCACCUUUUUCUUCCAAGUUGAAGCAGCUCCAUUUGUUUUCACCCCAAGUUCUCCAAUUUUCUCCUUACUUGCCCUUCACAAUGGAACUAUUACCAAUGCCAAUGUAUUAACUUUCAAUGGUACUGCCCUUAAAAUCGGUACUAAUGAUUUCCCAUUCCUUGGUAGAAUUGAUGCUGAAGGUGGUUAUGUUUUGCAUGUUGCAGCCACUAAUGAAACUACCGGUACCAAUAAAUCAGUUCCUUAUACUGUUGUUGUUGAUGAUGAAACUAGUCAAUUAGUUGUUGUUGAAGCUAAUUCAUCAAUUUCUAGUGCUGAAGAAUUCCAUCUCCAAAAUGGUUUAUUGAGUUACGCCAAUUCUACUAAAUUUAUUGUUUGUUCAGAUGCUCCACUUAACAGAACUUUGAACACAACUGGUAGUGGUUUGGAUGUUUACUUCAAUGGUGCUUCAAAUUUUAGUUGUCCAUAUGGUCAAGGUACUGAAGUUAGUUUAUUAGCUUCUUUCCUUGCUGAUCUUAGUUUCAAGAGAGAUAUUGCACCAGCUGCAAGUUUCCCAGUUAAGAGAGAAUCAAAUGGUUUGAUUGCAUUCUUUAAGAGAUUCUUUUAA